CCCUUCGCCAUUAAUUCCUGCCGAUUUAGGUGGAAUUUAAGGCGGUUUUACAAGCCUGAAAUAGCGGUUUUCCAAUCCCCAUAAAGUCGUUUUUAUCAUAUGGUUUCUGGUUAAUGGUUUCUGGCUUUAAAUUUGCCAACGACCUCUGUCUCUGUGGGGUUUAAUUGAUGGUGCAGACCAGUCUGGCGCCAUUAAAGGACCUGACAAACCUCUCCUUAACUUCCCCUUCACUUUAUAUACCACCCCACAAUGUGUACUCAAACCACGUUUGGACUUACAAAGCUCCUGUUUUUCCAUGUAAUCGCAGAAUUUCAAACAUUUUUGUCAUAAUGGGGCUGAUUGGACAGGGGUUUUAGGAACAGGGGUCUCUGGUUUUGGAACCUUUUGGGCUUUGGAACUGGAUCUUGUAUUGGUGGUUUCUUUGCACUGGUUUUUUGGCUCUGGGUUUCCAGGCCUUGAAAUUGGGGGGCUCUGGUUUAUUUGUUUUCUUGUGGUUUCUUAUUACGCCAGUGUGGUUUUGAGGCGAGUCUUGAAGUUCUGUGAUUGAUUAUUCGGCAAUGUGGAUUUCUUGGUUUCUAUUUUCGGGAAAUGUGGUUUUCCUACUUUCUGGUUGAGCUGCUUUCCCCAGGUGAUUCAUGCUAACCAGCGUUGAACAAGAGUGGACUGAAGCUUGAAACAGUGUUUCUAGCCCUGUUUCUGGUAUUUUGGCUACUCAUUUCAGAAGAGAAGCUUUAGUAGACAACCCAAAAGCAAGUUUUCCUCAGCAGUCUUACAAUGUCAACAAGGUGGAUCCUCCCAUGCUGAAUGUCCGGCAAGCUGUAAACAGUAAGAUCGUGAUUCCUCACACUUUACAAAACCUAUCUCUUGCUUCACUCUCAUUGCAUUUGGUUUUACUGUCUGUAUUCACACUUCCUAAGCUUAAUUGCUCCAUAUUCAGGUCACUUUUUCUAGCCAAUUAUAUACUUUUCUGGCUAUUUUCUGUCACCCCUAAAGUAAGAAGCUUAUUUAUCUCCAUUGAUUCACCAGCUAAACCAGAAACCUCUAGAUCCACAGCGUAAACUAUUCAGAAUCACUUCCUUUCCACAUUUUUGUAGUCUAAGACGCUAAAGCACUCAGAUUAAUUGGUUUCCGGCCGUUAUCGAACCAAAACCACAUAUAAUCAGUGGUUUUCCACCACCCCAAAGGCAAAAGCACUUAGAAUCGGCAGUUUUCCAUUAACCGAGACCCAGAACCACUUUCAAGCACCAAUUUCUGGCACCAUAAAACUGCCAACUUAAAACCACCGGCAAACUACACUCGCCAACUUCAAUCCCCACCAAACCGCUGCCCAGCCAACAAAAAACUGCUUUUGCUCACCAUAAAGCCUAUCUUUUGUGACCCCAAGACCGCUUUUCACCCCUCAUGGAACCACUUUCAGUCGACCCAAAAUCCCUUUUUGGUACCCUGAAACCUCUUUUUCCUGGUUUCAUGGAACCAACAACUGCCAUCUUAAUUUUGACGACGAUGGUGGCAUACUUGAUCUGGUUUGCUCGGAUCCGGCGGUCCCUAACGGGUCCACGGGUCUGGCCCCUUUUGGGCAGCCUCCCCGGCCUAUUCCAGAACAAGCAUCGCAUGCAUGACUGGAUCGCCGAAAAUCUCACCAUGUGUAAGGGCACAUAUCAAACUUGCAUUGCAGCUGUUCCUUAUCUCGCACGCAUGCAAGGCCUCGUGACAGUCACUUGUGAUCCCCGAAACUUGGAGCACAUCCUCAAAACCCGCUUUGAGAACUACCCAAAAGGGCCAACAUGGCAGGCGGUGUUCCAUGAUUUGUUAGGUGAUGGGAUCUUCAAUUCAGAUGGUGACACAUGGCGCUUUCAAAGAAAAACCGCUGCGCUGGAGUUCACAACGAGGACGCUUCGCCAGGCCAUGGCAAGGUGGGUGAGCCGUUCAAUCGAGAAUCGGCUGGUGCCGAUCUUGGCCUCGUGUCAGCUCAAGAAUGAGGCUGUAGAUUUGCAAGACCUCUUGUUGAGGCUCACCUUUGAUAACAUUUGUGGCUUGGCUUUUGGUAAGGACCCUGAAACCCUGAGGCCUGGCCUGCCAUUCAAUGGAUUUGCUUGGGCUUUUGAUAGAGCUACAGAGGCUACCUUAAAUAGGUUUAUCUUGCCUGCAAUUAUAUGGAAGUUGAAGAAAUGGCUUGGACUAGGGUUAGAGGUAAAUUUGAGAGAGAGUGUAAAGCAAGUGGACAAGUACUUGGAUGAUGUUAUUUGUAAGAGGAAGCUUGAGUUGUCCAGCCAGCAAGAGAGAGGGGCCACACAUGAUGACUUGUUGUCUAGGUUCAUGAGAAAGAAGGAGGGCUACUCUAAUGAGUUCUUGCGCCAUGUGGCACUCAAUUUCAUCCUCGCGGGACGUGACACAUCAUCGGUUGCUCUGAGCUGGUUCUUUUGGUUGCUGACUCAGCAUCCGAGGGUGGAGGGCGAAAUCAUCCAAGAAAUUUCGAGGGUCUUGACAGAGACUCGGGGACGGGACCCAGCAGCUUGGGUGUCCCGGGCUCUAGAGUUCGAGGAGGUGGACCGACUAGUUUAUCUGAAGGCGGCUCUUUCCGAGACUCUGAGGCUGUAUCCUUCUGUUCCUGAGGACUCGAAGCAUGUUGUCGCAGACGAUGUUCUGCCUGAUGGAACUUUCGUUCCCGCAGGCUCUUCAGUGACCUAUUCCAUAUAUUCUGCAGGGAGGAACCCUGCAGUGUGGGGUGCAGAUUUUCUGGAGUUUAAGCCUGAAAGAUGGCUAACCCCUGACAAGAAGGGCUUCGCAGGGCCCCUCGACCCUUAUGCUUUCGUAUCCUUCAAUGCAGGCCCCCGAAUUUGCUUGGGGAAGGACUUGGCGUAUUUGCAGAUGAAGGUGGUGGCGGCAUCUGUUUUGUUGAGGCACAGUCUGACUGUGGCUCCAGGGCAUGUAGUCCAGCAAAAAAUGUCGCUCACUUUGUUCAUGGAACAGGGAUUGAAGGUGCACGUCCAUCCUCGAGUGCUACCUGUAGGCGAGGAGGCAGCACUGGGCACCUGAGAUAUAUAGUUCCUAAUUUGAUACUGGGAGUAGUUAGGGUAGGACUCUUUGCACAGUGGACAUGAACAAGCUCCUCCUACUCUUCUCAGUUUUCUUUCCUAAGGGUGUUGAUAUAUAUUCUUUACUUUUUGUGUCUCCACCUUGGAGAAAAUUGCUAAAUGUUAAAGAACAGUUGUUUACGGCAAAUAUGAAAUAUAGUUUUUUUAUUUACUCCAGUGUAUACUUCCUUAGUGGUGACCUAGUACAAAUAUGGUUAGUAAAGACAUUUUCAGAGGAAAUUAUUUUA